GUAUGGGAAAAAAAUAAGUAAAAAGUAACAUUUGUCUAAAUAAUCGACCAUAAAGUUGAGAUCGUUCGAUGUCAUUUUAAGCAAGGUGUAUAUUUGUUUCGUUUUUGUUGUAAUUCUCGAGAAAAUAGAGGUUAAAUGCGAGUUGAAGAGAGGGCAAUGGCAAGCUAGUCUGGUGUACACAGUUCGACAGUAACCGGCCACGCGUUGAGUAGUCAAGUUAUUCGAACAGUUCGUUCUCUCUCUCUCGCUUUUUAACAAAAAAAAAAAUAUAAAAUCCACCUUUACAAAUAAUUAUAAUUUGUGCAUUUUUGAAAUUUUAUUCAAAUCGCGAGUGAGUGUUUGUGUUUACAAAAAAAAAAAGUUGUACGACAUGAAAAUGAACAAUCUGUGGAUUACUUUUGAAAAACCAGUUUGAAACAUCGUUUUGAAGAAGGAAUCGACCACCGAAAAGGUGAUGUUGAGUGUCUUUAAAAGAGUCUUAAUCUUAAAAUUUGUCAUGGCAGAGCGGGAAAAUUGUCAUCAGUUGUAAAAUUCAAAAAGUGUAGUGUUGUUUAUGCAUCAAAAAAAGGAGAAAUGUGAAAUCUUCUUUUGUACAAUGGUUCGGAAAGUUUCGCGUGAUAAAUCACACGUACGAGCUGAUCCAGUAAUUAUUGUCGUUGGAUUUUAACGAUUAUGACGGAAUAUUUGGAUCAACAUUUAAUUCGGGCACUCUGCCGUGAUCCAGAACGAAGGACGCUUCAGGAUUUACAGAUCAUUUAUUACGGUUUACUGGGUUUGGAGGCGUUACGACCCUGUAGGGAUUCCGUUCUUCGUGGUCUUUGCAAAAUAGUUCGUUACGAGAGACAUCAUGCCAAUCAUGUUCUUUACUACACUGGCGAACUUGCAACCAGCUGGUACAUUCUUCUCUCUGGUUCCGUGUUCAUCGAUGGUUCCAUGUUUCUUCCCCGUUCAAGUUUUGGAAAACGGACGGGUGGCAGUGCAAGAAGACCUAAUGAAUGUUUCGUUCUGGAGCCCUCCGAGAUGAUUGUGAUCGACUAUCCGGAGGUUCAUACUGGAAGGAUGCAUCGACCUCCACAUCCUCAUCCGAUUACGGACCAUCGGCAGGUGAAUCUCGUCUUUGAUGAAACGUUUUCGCAGGGCCUGACAGGCAGGCCGGAGCUGUAUCAAAAGUCGAACAGAAGUAGUCACUCGAGUGACACGAGUUCGGCGUACAGUGGAUCUGACACAAUGACGUCCGUACAAAGUUCCUUGGACGCCGAUCCUGACGAAGUGGAUCUUUCCGGCUUAGUGGAGUCGAUAGUCGACUCUGAUGAGGAGGAAGAUCUUGCUGAAAGCAUGGAUAGUUUGACUGUGCGUGAUACAGUUCGAGAAUGCCUGGAGAAAGAUCCACAGGAACGAACGGAGGACGAUAUAGAAAUUCUUCUCGAGUUCACGCAACAUUUAAAAGCGUUUACAAACAUGACAUUGGCAGUGAGAAGAGCAUUAUGCGCUGUGAUGGUUUUUGCAGUGGUUGAAAGAGCAGGAAUGGUGGUUCUCGCCGAUGGCGAAGAUCUCGACAGUUGGAGUGUUUUGAUUAAUGGAGCAGUGGAAAUUGAGCACAGUAAUGGAGAAAUUGAACAACUUCAUCUUGGCGAUAGUUUCGGCACACUGCCGACAAUGGACAAAUUAAAGCAUCGCGGUGUCAUGAGAACAAAGUGCGAUGACUGCCAAUUUGUUUGCAUAACGCAGGCCGAUUAUUUCCGGAUACAACAUCAAGGCGAGGAGAAUACGCGAAGGCACGAGGAAAAUGGAAGAGUAGUCCUUGUCACUGAAUUGCGAGGUGCAUUAGAUGGAGUGUCGCGACGUGGUUAUGUGGUGAUUCGCGGAACUCCCGAACGACUGAUGAUGCAACUCAUUGAGGAAAACAGUAUUACAGAUCCGAAUUAUGUCGAGGAUUUUCUCUUAACGCAUCGUACGUUCAUCGACAGUCCCCUUCUAGUCGCAAAUCAAUUGUUGGAAUGGUUCGAGCAACCUCAGGUUCGUGAUUGUGUCGCACGUGUCGUUCUCCUAUGGGUGAACAAUCAUUUCACGGACUUUGAAACCGAUCCGGCGAUGAUGGAAUUUCUCGAGGCGUUCGAGACCGGUCUCGAGAGGGAGAAAAUGCAGGGUCAACAGAGGUUAUUGAAUAUCGCUUGUGCGGCUAAAGCGAGGACGCGAAACGUGACGUUGGCGCGACCCAGCAGAGACGAGGUGCUUCAUUUUAGUAUAUUGGGUGGAUACGAGCGGGGUUUCGGUAUUUUUAUUUCGAAAGUGGACAAAAAAUCAAAGGCUGAGGAUGUUGGUUUAAAGCGAGGCGAUCAGAUUUUGGAAGUGAAUGGACAGAGUUUCGAGCAUGUGAAUCAUGCGCGAGCACUGGAAAUUCUUCGUGGAUCAACCCAUCUCAGCAUCACUGUGAAGUCAAAUUUAUUAGCGUUUAAGGAAAUGUUACAAAUGCCGGAUAAUUCGCCGAGACCGCGAGGCAGAGCGAAUAAGCCUGAGAUUCCGAGACUGCCAACGGAUCCACGUGCAAGGCUUUCCACAAACGUUGAUUCCAUCACGACGCCCGUCAAUCCUCUUAAUCCCUUGGUGGGCGGUGUUCCUUUUUUGAUGCCCGACAGUAACGUUUCGCCGUGCAAGGACACCAAAAAGGAGCACAAGGGAUUCAUGACACUUGGGCCCAAGAGGAGAUUACAGAAAGCUUUAAUGAAAAUGAACAUUCUUCCAAAGAAUACGAUCAACGACGGAAUUCACAUGGACGAUCCGUUGGGACCUCCGCACACACCACCAGGAACUGGUCUAACGCAAACGACGACAAAUCUCUAUCACUCGAGAAGUAAUCCUGAUCUCACGUCUCUUUACUGCUACGACGAUCUUAGAGCUCCAGAAUAUCCGGAGCAUGUUCUCAAAGUCUAUAAAGCUGAUCAGACCUGCAAGUACCUGUUGGUUCACAAAGAAACGACAGCUCAUGAGGUUGUCAUGUUGGCGCUUCAGGAAUUUGGAAUAACUGAAAGUAGUUCGAAUUUUUCCUUGGCGGAAGUGAGCGUUGGCGAAGGAGGAAUGAUCAAACAACGUCGACUGCCCGAUCAAUUGCAAAAUCUUGCUGAACGAAUUGGUCUCAGUUCUCGAUAUUAUUUGAAAACAAACGGUAUUUCGGAAACUCUCGUUGCCGACGAUCAGGCGCCGGAACUCAUUCGGGAGUCUCAGGUGCAUUUUCUUCAAUUGAACGCAGUCGAAGUUGCGAUUCAACUUACUUUGCAAGAUUUUAGUAUAUUCAGGCAAAUUGAAUCCACGGAAUAUGUGGACGAUCUUUUCGAAUUAAAAAGUAGGUACGGAAUACCUAUGCUCAGCCAAUUUGCAGAACUAGUCAACAGAGAAAUGUUCUGGGUCGUGACGGAAGUUUGCUCUGAGCACAAUCUCGUUAGGCGUAGCAAAAUUAUCAAGCAAUUCAUUAAAAUUGCACGUCAAUGCAAGGAGUGUAAAAAUUUCAAUUCAAUGUUCGCAAUUGUAUCUGGUUUAGGCCACGGUGCAGUUUCUAGAUUAAGAGCAUCCUGGGAAAAAUUGCCCAGCAAGUAUCAAAGACUGUUUAGUGAUUUGCAAGAGCUCAUGGAUCCGAGUCGAAACAUGAGUAAAUAUCGACAACUCGUGGCCUCUGAACAAACACAACCACCAAUCAUUCCGUUUUAUCCGGUGGUUAAAAAAGACUUAACCUUCAUACAUUUGGGAAACGAUUCAAGAGUUGAAAAUCUGGUGAAUUUCGAGAAACUACGAAUGAUUGCGAAGGAGGUGAGAACAUUGACGAAUAUGUGCUCGUCGCCUUACGAUCUAUUGACAAUGUUGGAGAGAGGCGGACAGCCACCAAGUUCUGCGAUGGUUGCUUUAAAUCAAAUGACAACUGGAAAUCAAGGUGGACAGACGGCGACGGUGAAGAGGCGGAAAAAAUCGACAGCAGUACCAAAUCAAAAGAAAAUGUUCGAAGAAGCGCAAAUGGUGAGGCGAGUCAAGGCUUAUCUGGCGAAUAUGAAAGUAAUCACGGACGAGGAGAAAUUACAUGCACUAUCGACGGAUUGCGAGCCACAUGCGGGUGCGGUCGCGAUUGCAGCGGCGGUGCCUCUUGCCGGCAACAGGGGCCGACGACAUCCUUCGCCAACGCUGUCAACCACCAGCAGCGCCAGUAGUACCAGUGAGGGCAGAAAGAGCAUUCAAGGUACAAAAUUUGGAGCGGCAUCACCUCAGGCAGUGAGAAAAAUGCUCGCACUCUCAGACCCCCACAAAACGCGACCUUAUCAACCGAAACAUUGUCCACCGCCUCUUCCAGUUCCGGGAUUGGCGAUUCACACUAGUGGCUUGGAACCGAGUCCUGGAGCGCCGCGACGAGUCGGUUCCGGAAAUCGAGUUCCCAUGCAUGAAAGAUCGCACAGCGACACUCCCUCGGGACUUCCGCCACCUGUAGACCUCAGUGCCGAGAGUAGUAGCGUUACGAGUCUCAGUAAUCUUCAACCUUUGAGGAAAACACUAACCAGUGGUUCGGUGACAAGCAGUGACAGCGGUCAUAGUACACAGCUGGACAGUCAUAGUGGAAGCAGCGUCGAGGCCGGUGGAAGUCCACCUCCACCUCAGAGACGACACUCCGCCUUGCAAGGAUCGGUUUUGAGAGGUGGAGUUCUACCCCCUUACCCCCAUGCCGUAGCAGUGUUACCUCCACUUCCUGUCAAUCAAAAUCUGAAUCACACUCAUCAAUACCAUCAUCUUCAUCAACAUUAUCAUCAGCAAAUCUUGCCUCCUCAAGGUUCUACGGGAGUAGCAGUCAAUUUGGGAUUAAGUAUGCCGCCACCUUUGCCACUUGGUGCGUUGUCCGGGGGAAUGCGUCCUGUGGUUAGUGCCGCUCAGUGUCGUCAACCUCCGCAGUACAAAGCUGCUGCUCAGAUGGCAAGGCUUUACAGGCUCGGUCGAGCUCAUAGUCACGAAGGUGUCACCUACCGGAACGAUCACGAAGAUGAUGAUGAAGAUGCACAGGUGUCGGCAGUCUAGAAACAAAAAUUGUGAAUCGACGGCGUGUUCCAGUCGAAAGCUUAGUUAAUUUUUUCUCCUGCCCGCCUCCAACAUCUUUAUUUCUCGCUUCUUUUUGAUUAAUUAGCGACGAGUCCCAAUAAAUGAGGAAGAGCCUGAAUUCUAUACUCACAGGAAGUGCUUCCUUUAGCUGCAUCUUAUUAAUUAUUGUCGAUAAAAGAAACAAUACCGUCAAGUAUAAAAAGAAAACUCGUUCCUGAAAAGAACGUUGUUUAAAGAGACGCGAUCGUUUCGAUUAAAAAAAAUCGCUUCCAUUUCAAGAAUUCUGUUAUGAAUAUUUAGGAGAGAAAAUUCAGCAGAAUUUUAUGAGAUGGAAAAUUUAAGAAAGGAGAAAUAUUUGAUAAUAAAUGAAUUUUAAAAGCUGAUUUAUUUAAAAAGAAAGUAUAUCCUUUUUCAAGUGUUCAUAAAGAGAGGAAAGAUUUGGAGAAAUCUUUUCUUUUGAACACUAAAAACGAUCGCGUGUUUAUUUAUAUAAAUGUGUAAUAAAUCGAGCCCAAAGAUGUUAAAUAUCGUUUUAUCGCUGAAUAACGAGACGUAUGUAUUAUAUAUUUUUUAGGUCUGUUCUUUAAAAAAAAAUUGAAGAAACUCCGUAGCAUGUAAGUUGGUGUAAAUAGCGUAUAGUACCUAUUUAGUUUUUAGCAAAGAGAGAAAGACAAGGGAAAAAGAACAGGGAACAAUGAACAACUUAGUAACUAUUUAUCGCAAUUUUUCUCUAUUUUUUUUUCUUUUUUUCGAAAAACAUAUUUACAAAAACGAUUUUUUAAUUUUAGCAAACAAAAUUUUCUUUAAUAUUUUGUGUUUGUGAAUAUGUUUUUUUUUUAGAAGAAAAAUUCUCAAUUUAUAUGAGAAAUCACAAAAAACUAAAGUCAAGAGAUUAGGUUUUUUUCCAUUACGAAGGAAACUGCUCGAUUUUUAUCUUCUUAUGAAGUAAAAGAAAAUUGUUUCUAUCUUUUUUUCAACGAAUCUAUCUAUUUAUUGUGAGAUUGAAUUUUUUGAAAAAGUGGGCCUAACCUUUUUGGACGUCUCACAAAAAAAAAUUGUCGAUUUAUUUUUUAAUUGAAGAAUCGAGCAAUUCUUCGCUUUAAAUAAUCGUAAUUAAUUCUUGUAUUUAAUUGUAUCUCAUUGUACAUAUCGUAAUAAGUUUUAAAAGAAAACUCGAACCCAAAAAAUGUUCUCGAUAAAAUUCCCCCGAAGAUUAAUACAAAACAAAAAAAAAAUAUAUAUUAUAUAUAAUUCCACUUCUCUUUUAUUCAGAGUAUAUUAAGAGUGCGUUUUUUUAAUUAUUAGAAAGAAAGCGAACGACUGCUUUUGUUUAUAUAGAAUCAAUUUGUCUUUCCAAUUCUCAUUUUCCUGUCUGUCUCUACUUUUCCUCGAAACAAAAAAACCCUUGAAAAACGUCGCAUUAUUAUGUCCUCUCGACUUCAUUCCAAAAUGCAUUUACUUCGCGGUUUUCAAUCGUCUUCCGCUCGCUCGAUUUAUUUUUUUGGAAAAUUAUUCGCGAGGUGAUGAAAAAAAAUUAAAUUGUCCAAAAAUUAUUAUAAUUUUUGGGAAGAAAUUGAAUUGGGAAUUAAAAGGAAAGUGAAAAAAAGAACUUACUGGAAAUUGUAGAGUUGAAAUUUUUUGUUUAAUUUUAUAUGUAUAUUUCGUAUAUUUAAAAAAAAUUGUGUUUGCUUGGAAAUUUUUGCUCGUAGAUCGAGCAAGUAAGGGAGUGCAAUUGACUGAGUAUUUGUAAAAAAAAAGUAUUGAAAAUAGUCGGAAACAAAAAAAAAAAAAAAUUGAUAUAGACGAGUUUUACGACUAUGCGAUUUUUUUUAAAUAAAUUAUGUUCUUUGGAAGUUCGAGUUUAGUUUUUAGCGACACUCAGUACAAGUUGUAUACGGAAAACACCAGAGACAGAAAUUUAGGACUCUUCCGCACAUCUUGCACAAUCGUGGAAUUUUAUUUUAUUUAUAAAACUGCCUCUGCUGUUUUUUUUUAAUUAUUUAUAUAUAUUACGCGAAAGAAAAAUGCCGAUUAUGACUAAAAACUUCAAGAGAGAGAGAUACCUUUUGUAUUUAAUUUGUUUAAUAAAAGAAAAAUCGAAUCAUAGUACAAAAUUUGUUUUGUUUUGUUUCAUUUCUUAUUUUUUCAGAGAGAGAAAAAAAACCUUUUUGUUUCUAAAUAUUAUUGGUUGUAAGAAAAAAUUUUUUUUAUUUUCAGGAAGAGUUUUAAUUUUAAGAGUGGUGAAAUGUUUUGUCCUCUUUAAGUAUUUUUGUAAAUUAUCCAGAAAAAUAGAAAAAAAAACUAAGAAACAAAAUGAAUUAUUCCGGUAGAAAUUUUUUGAAUGAAAAUAAAAUGGAACUUUUCUGCGAAAUAAUUUGUCAAAUGGAAAAAUAAAAUACAAGAAAUAUAUUUAAAAAAAAAAUUACAUCGCUGACUACUAUUUUAUACGAUGCGCUGUUUUCUAUAUUAUAUCCGUCUUAUUGCGUCAAUAACAAAUAUCUCCGUUUAUUAAUGGGAGAAAAUACAGAGACAUUCAAUUUUAGGUGGUCGUGUAUAUUUAACGAACGCAUAAUUUUACACAUUAAAUUCCCUUUGUACUCUUAAAGUUCGACAUCCAUGACAUGCUCGUCUGUAUGAAAAAGAAAUCCUCGUAGAUGUUGUAACAUGUAAAUCUCAAACAAUAUAAACUUUAUUUAAACCAA